CCACUGUUUACAUAAUAAAAAUCAGCCGGUUAGUGUGUCGGGCGCGCAUUUCAAUUUAUUUUAUUUUUCAAAAAAUAAAGUGCAGUUUUACUUGAUUUAAAUAGUUAAAAAUGAAUAAACUGAGCUUAUUUAGAACCCUGCUUAGCAACAAACUACUGCUGAACCGUUUAUCUAGUUCAGAAACCAGAUUCGCAAACUUGUUCGACGCUUCGAAAUUCUUCUGUCCUCUCCUCGAUGUUAAUGAGCCAGCUAUGUAUAGAUAUCUGGCUAAACAUAAGUAUCUGAUAGAUCUGGAUCCCGCGGACGUUCGCCGAAAAAUUGCCUAUUUCAAGUGUUUGAACGCCACCACAGAGGAAAUUCUACAGCAACCAACAUUAUUCACUUUGCAUCUGAUAACUCUAGAAAACCGAACCACAAUCCUGCGAGAAUGUGGAUUUGUGGAAACGUUAAAUCUGAUGGCUCUUUCCAAAUAUAUAACAAUCGUCCGGCAAAAAAUAAAAGCUCUAAAAAAUAACAAAUUGAUUCCACCGGAUUUAAACGUAAUGGAACAGCUAAGCAAGCAGUUUGAGAUAGAAGUUAAGGUCAAUAUCGACUUCAACGAAGAAAUGCACCUACAAACACUUCGUGAACUAUUUAUCAAUGCUUAUAUUCGCGAAAGACUGCAGCUUAACGAUGAAGAGAUCAAUAAACUAUGGAAGUCCUAUUCCAAGAUCAAACACAAAAGUUUCGGCCAUACACAGCGGGUAGUGGACAUUCUGGAGCAUGACCUCAAGUUCAGCAGGGAUAAAAUCGUUAGAAAUCUCUAUCUUCUUCAUGCGGAUCCGGAAAACUUGCUUCGCUAUCAAGAGGUGGUCCCUUCGAUAGCCGGCUUGGACAUCAAAGAAGUUAUGCUGAAACAGCCGAAAAUUGCAAUGAUACCAUGUGACUCGGUCAAGCAGAUUUUGGGUUAUUUUCGCGAAUUCGGAAUCGGCGAAGCCGGUGUAUUAAAGUACUCCACUGUUCUAACGCUGUCGCCGAAUACGGUGCUGGCUCGAAUGGAGCAGUUGCAGAAAACCAAAGAGUUCGAAGUGCUUUCGAAACAUCCUCGGAUCACGAAGCUGAUUGCCUAUCAAACCAAAGCUGCCAUUCGGCUGGACUACCUACAGCAGCUGAAGGUCCGGUGUGCAUCGCUAAAUGUGCUUGCCAGCCAUUCGCAGAACUUUGAAAAAUACAUUCGCGAUGGGUACGACAGAAACAAUGUAAAAGAUGUUGCCCACUACCUUAAGAUGGUAUUCCAACGACAAGACAAUGAAGUCGUUGAACAGUUGAAACGGCAUCCCAAUUGGUUUCAUGUUCCAACAGUACAAAUGCAAGAAACCCUAGACCACCUGAAAGGCACGGGCUUCUCGAUGAACGAUAUCUACGAGAACGUUCAGCUUCUUUUGUAUCCUUUGUCACGAAUCAACCACAAGCUGGGUAAGCUUUUAGAAUGCAAACGAGCGAAAAAGAAACAUGACGAGCUUGGAAUUGAGUUGACUUCUGUGACUCCGACGCAAAUGCUAUCUCUGUGUCUGUACGCGAUUGAGUUGGAUUUCCACUUCACCGGUGAUGGAAUAUGGCCGGAGCAGGUUCAGCACAGUGAUUCUUCUACCGGCACCAAUAUUGAACUGCCAAAGUCACUGAGCAAAGAUUACAAAUUUGGCAAAAAACCAUCGGCGCAGAAAAAAAUGUCGACCUGAACAGUUUGUUGCGGUUUAGUUCGGACUAGUGGUUAAGAUUGUACAAAAGUGUCCAAUAAAAAAAAUUACAACGAACUA